AUGACUAGACGAGAGUCAACCAAUCAGAGCUGCCGGGAUCAGCUGUUUCUGGUCCAUUUCGUUAAGGGUUCCACUACCAUUGGUGCUCUAAAGGAAAUCCAGGAUAUGUUCCAAGUCAUCAUCACUUGGGAGCGUUAUCGACCGCAGCAUCGUGACGUGACACAGUGCCUGAACUGCCUUUGUGCGCGCUCUGGUGGUCAUCUCACUGGGUCCUGUGGUCAAGCAGAUGACAUCGAUCUGAAAUGCGCGAACUGUGGCGAGAAUCACCGUGCCACAACCCGCACCUGUUCCAAGCGAGCAGAAUUCAUCGACAUCCGUCACAAGUCAACGAUAGGAAAUCAGCCUGGUCGUCAACGCAGUGCUCGUCUUCCUCCAGCGAACACUGAAUCACACUAUCCAGCGCUUCAGCCCCGUCGAGUGGUUCCGAACUUGGAACCGCUUCCUUUAAAUAAUCAUCAAGCUUCCGCUCAGAUCUCUUCAAACAAGCAAGCGGUUAAUCCUGGCCACUCAGCUCAAAUUCGCCUCAGCAUAGCAGCAACUCAACCAAACCAAGGAUCGGCCCGUGUUCCAGGAUUGUCGUAUGCUGGUGCGGCUGCCAGUGCGCUUAAUGACGAUUCACCGUUUACAGCAGAGGAACUGGUCGAAAUCAUGUCUGAGGUGAUGACUAUCAUGCGCACCUGUCGUACCAGAACACAACAGCUUCAAGCCGUUACAUCGUUCAUCAACAAAUAUGGACCGUGA